GCCAUGGCCUACGCGUAUCCCUACACGGUCUAUCGUGGUACAUUCAUUCAUCUUCCCCGCCUUAACUCUAGUACAGCGAAGCCGGAGCUGGUUCGUAAUCAAGGAGUGAUGUGGGUCUCCUCUGAUGAUGGCCGUAUCAAGGGUUAUGAUUGGAAAGUCAACGACGAUGCUAGCUUCCAAUCAUUCUUGGCUAGUCAAGGAUGGACUGAUGUCAAUUCUACCUCAGAUUCCACACUGAUCCAGGUUGUAGAGUCUGAUGAUGAACGAAAUGAAUUCUUCUUCCCUGGUUUCAUCGAUACCCAUAUACACGCACCUCAGUUUCCCAACAUUGGACUGUUUGGAUCAGCGGGUCUGCUGGACUGGCUAAACGAAUACACCUACCCUAUGGAAGCUAGUUUUGGCUCCAAAUCAGAUCCCAAGAAUCAACAAACGGACCCUAAGGAUACGCCUCCCGAGGGUCUCUGCGUUUAUGAUGAAGUCGUGGCUCGCACUUUAGCUCAUGGCACUACAUGUGCAUCUUAUUUCGCCACAAUACAUGUACCAGCUACCAAUGCUCUUGCAGCACUGUGCCACAUCCAUGGCCAGCGAGCCUUUAUCGGCCGUGUCUGCAUGGAUAAUCACGACGAAUGCCCAUCCUAUUACGUCGAUCAAUCCGCCGAAGAGGGAUUUAAUGCAACAAUCUCCACCAUAGAUUAUAUCCAGACUCUUGAUCCAAACGGGACACUGAUCAACCCGAUUAUAACCCCCAGAUUCGCGCCCAGCUGCUCAAAUGAAUCUCUUGACGGUCUUGGCAGACUCGCUGCUUCUUACAACCCAUCGCUUUACAUCCAAACCCAUAUUGCUGAAACUAGCGAUGAGACCGCUCUUGUACAGCAGCUCUUCCCGGAAUCUUCUAGCUAUGCCGAUGUCUAUGAUAAGGCUCAGCUUCUCACAAACCGUACUAUUCUUGCACACGGAGUCCACCUCACCAAAGAUGAGCGCACACUCAUUCGUGAGAGAGGUUCCAAGGUCGCGCAUUGUCCCGCCUCAAACUCUGCUCUGGGCUCAGGCUUAGCUCCUGUCCGCAUUAUGCUGGAUGAGGGUCUAACUGUGGGUCUGGGAACAGAUGUCAGCGGUGGUUACAGCCCUAGCAUGCUUGAGGUGGCCAGACAGGCUUGCCUUGUGUCUAGAUUGCUACAGUAUAGUGCAGAGUACCAAGAGAUGACUGGAAAUACAACAUUCGAUGGAAGCGAAAAGCUCUCUGUUGAAGACAGUCUUUAUCUAGCUACCCGUGGUGGUGCAGCUGUUGUCGAUAUGGCGGAUGAUAUUGGUGGAUUUGAUAAAGGCAUGAUUUGGGAUGCGCAACUCAUUGAGUUGGGUACUGUGAAGAACAGCACUGUGAGCCCACUUGACCAGACUCCUGUGCAUGCGCUCGCUGGCCGAGCCAUCGGUUUUGAGACUGGUCCUGUGGGUAAUGUUGAUCUGUUUGGGAAUGAGACAUGGCAGGAGCAGAUUCAGAAAUGGAUGUGGAGUGGUGAUGAUCGUAAUGUCAAGAAUGUUUGGGUUCAGGGAGCCCUUGUUCAUAUCAGAGACUCGGAGUAG